UAUCGCCGCCCCGGAAGAUUAACCGGAAGAAGAGUCAGGCUAUAAAAGCGAGACACUGACACCGCAUCGGGGGCGUUGUUUUGUUUCUGCUUGUGUGUGCAAUCGCGUAAUUUGUUUGUCUAUCUAAAUACUUGGUGUAUUGAGGUGUAUGUACAGCUGUGUGUGUUUGUGUAGUGUUGUGCUGACGGGGCUCGGACAGGAUUUUCAACAGAAUUCAUUUUAAUUGAAUGAAAUUGGAGGAGGAGGAAAUGGAAGGAAAAGGAUUCAAUCAAUCUCGUCAACUCGAAUUUGAUCAACCAUGGAGGAAAAUGCCUUGGGGAAAAAAGGACCAGAUUGAACAGAAACUGAGGAGUUUCAGGCUCAAAGGAUCAAGUGCACGGUUUGUCAGGAUUCUGGUUGUUGGUGCAGUCGGAGCAGGAAAGUCCAGUUUUAUAAAUUCUGUUAAUAAUGCUUUCCAAGGACGAAUCACCUCUGGGGCUCUUGUUGAUGGAAUAGGUGGAACCAGAUUCACAACAAAAUACAAGACCCAUUAUAUUAAAACAGAGGAUGGAUCACAUUUGCCGUUUGUCUUUAAUGAUAUCAUGGGACUUGAAGACAAAGAAUCUGGUGCAGAUGCAGAGGACAUCAUCAGAGCCAUGAACGGGUUUCUUCAAGAAGGAUUCAAUUUUGAUCGUACAUCCUCCAUGUUUGAGAUGGACCUUGGCUACAGAAGCAACCCAAGUGUUGAGGAUCAAACCUCCUGCCUGGUCAACAUUAUUGCUGCAGACAAAAUAUAUUUAAUGAAUGAUGGGGUCAUUGGUAAGCUGAAAAAAAUCCGUCAGGCAGCUACAGAUCGGGGCAUACCUCAAGUAAUCAUCAUGACAAAACCAGAUUUAGCAUGUCCACUGGUUCAACAGGACAUCAGGAAGAUCUUCAUCAGCAAGAAGAUCAAAGAGAAGAUGGAAUUGUGUAGUCAUCGGCUGGGGAUUCCCAUGAAUUACAUCUUCCCUGUGAAGAACUACCAUGAGGACAUAGACACAGACGAUGACAUGGAUCUUCUGAUUUUCAAGGCACUUGAUCAGAUUGUGAACAUCGCUGCUGACUUCUUGAAGGAACAAUCUUUUAACUACGGUGAAAAAACUGAUUAAGAACUCAGAUCACAAUGCCUCAUUGAAUUUAAUGUAACCCAUUAAAAAAAACACACAGUAGGCACACAACUACUGCUAAAUGGAGAAGUGUACUAAGUAUGCAUUGCUAAAAUAAGUGUAAUGUUAUAUUCUGUAUUUAUGGAGCACAUUAGAUUAUGUUACUUAAGUUACAGUUAUAGAGUUAAUAAAUGCAAAAACGUAACCAAGGAAUUCCAUGUAAAUGUUAAUUUACCAUUAAAAAUAUAGUUAUUACCAAAAGAAC